AUGGAUGUGUCUUUCCCUGCCAAGCUCGGCGUCCUAAUAACACUCAUUGUGGCUGUCGUCACGGCUUGUACAAUCAUCGCGCUUGCCGACACACGACCGGAUCCACGUCCAGUCUUGCUGUUGACAGGCGACUCUCAGACAGGAGAAGGAGCGAAUCCAUUACUAAGUGGCUGGGUCGCAAUGCUACGGUGGCGAUACGUGGGCGCCGACGUCAUCACGCGCGCGCUUCCGGGCUACAAUACCAAAUGGUUUCUCAAAUACGUCGCGCCUACAAUCGCGCGUGAAAUUCAGAAAAGCGUCUAUCCUACACCGUCACUCAUCACGAUUUGGUUUGGAAGCAACGAUGCCGCUCUGGCAAACGGCACUGCCUCGAAAAGGCAUGUCCCCAUCGCAGACUACAAGAACAAUUUGAUCGCGAUCGCUCGCAGUUUCCAGACGGCAGCACCUACUGCAUCCUUGUUGUUGAUCACGCCACUACACGUAAUCGACAGUGCUAGAGCCAAGAUCUCAGCAGAACAAAACGGCACGAUUGACCGAACGAAUGCCAUGGCGACGUUGUAUGCUCGCGCAUGCGUGGAAGUCGGUGCAGCACUACAAGUUCCAGUAUUGGACCUACACUCGUACUUUAAUGCGAUGCCUGAGAUAAUGCGUAGUGCUUUUUUGCUCGCUGAUGGACUACACUUGAGCGCAUUGGGUAAUCGUCAAGUCAACGCGCUACUGCAAAGUAAACUUGCACUCGAGUUUUUCGCGUUAAAAGGCUUCCUCGAUGUACCAUAUUUUCCAGCAGCUGACCAGUACCUACGCGAUGAUCCGUGGAGAAUAGAGGGUGACAGUCAAGAUUGA